UUGCCACCUCUUAUCGUCAGAGCCAAAUAUUAAUUCCUGAAACCUCUCUAUAGUCAUUAGGUUUCACUGAAGAGAAGCGUUUUAUAUCCUUCGACAGCGGACCAAUUUCAUCUGAUUUCGUGAUCAUCGAUCUGGCCAUGGAUCCUGAAGCUGAACCCGUCGUAGAAAAUCCUGCUGCUAAUAGGGAUUUGGAGAACGAACAGAGGGAGGAACAGAGGAGGCGUGAGGAAGAAGAAAAGGCCAAACAACAAUACUUUGAGAACAGAUUGAGGUAUGUUGAAGCAGAGAAGGAAAAGGGAAACAAUCCAUACCCACACAAGUUCUUUGUGUCCAUGUCAAACUCUGAAUUCAUUGAAAAGUAUACUAGUUUAAGCCUCAAAGAACAUGUUGAAGACGACCAAGUUUCUCUAGCCGGACGGAUAAUGAGCAAGAGAUCUUAUGGCAAGAUUUUCUUCUAUGAUCUACAUAAUCGUGGUUCUAAGGUCCAAGUUGUGGCUAAUAGGAGUUACUCAGAAUUAGAUGAAGCUGAGUUUGUCAGGCUCCAUGCUACUGUUAGGCGUGGAGAUAUUAUUGGUGUCACUGGAUUUCCAGGAAAAACUAACGUGGGAGAGCUAAGUAUCUUCUCAAGAUCGUUUACUGUGUUGUCUCAUUGCCUUCACACGUUGCCGAUGAAGGAAAAGCCUCGUCAUGGAACCGAGGAAAAUCCUCGUGAAAAGGCUCCUCCUAAGAAUACUGAAAACUGGGUUCCAGGAAAGCCUAGAAAUCCACAAACAUAUAUUAUUAAAGAUCAGGAAACUCGUUAUCGCCAGCGUUACCUUGACUUGAUACUGCACAAUGAGGUCCGCCAAGUCCUCAAUACCAGCGGUAAUAUAAACAAGUACAUUAGAAGAUACCUUUAUGAUCUUGAUUUCUUUGAGUUUGAGACAUCUAUGAUGAGUAUUACUGCUGGUGGAGCAACUGCACGUCCAUUCGAGACACAUCACAAUGAUCUGAAUAUGAAGAUGUACAUGCGCAUCGCACCAGAACUCUUUCUCAAGCAGCUUGUUGUUGGAGGUUUUGACCGUGUUUUCGAGAUUGGAAAGCAAUUUAGAAACGAGGGUAUUGACAUGACACACAAUCCAGAGUUCACCACCUGCGAGUUCUAUAUGGCUUUUGCAGACUACAAUGACUUGAUGGAGAUGACUGAGGAAUUGCUCAGUGGUAUGGUGAAGGAAUUAACAGGUGGCUACAAAAUCAAGUAUCAUGCUAAUGGGUACGAUGAGGAGCCGAUUGAAAUAGACUUCACUCCUCCAUUCAGGAGGAUAGACAUGAUGGUGGAUUUAGAGAAGAUGGCCAACCUUAACAUACCAAAAGAUUUGGCUAGCGAGGAAGCUAACAAGUAUCUGAUUGAUGCAUGUGAGAGGUUUAAUGUCAGAUGCCCACCUCCUCAGACGACGGCUCGUUUGUUGGAUAAGCUUGUUGGACACUUUCUGGAAGUGACAUGUGUUAACCCCACUUUCAUAAUGAACCAACCCAAGAUUAUGAGUCCAUUGGCAAAAUCUCACAGAUCCAACGAGUUUUUGACUGAACGAUUUGAGUUGUUCGUCAACCAACACGAACUUUGCAAUGCCUACACCGAGUUGAAUGAUCCUGUGGAACAGCGGCAACGUUUUGCUGAUCAGCUCAAGGAUCGACAAUCUGGAGAUGAUGAAGCUAUGACUAUUGAUGAGUCGUUUUGCACGGCUCUAGAAUAUGGAUUGCCUCCUACAGGUGGUUGGGGAAUGGGAAUAGAUCGGCUUGCUAUGUUACUAACCGACUCACAGAACAUUAAGGAGGUUAUCCCCUUCCCAACAACGAAGCCUAAGGACGAGCCAUCUUCUGCUGCAACAGCCAACAGCUCCUGCCGAGUAGAGAGUCUAGAGACUAAAGAAGGAGUUUGCAAAACUUAUGAAAAAACAUUCCUCAUCUCUUUCUUUAAAUUUUUAGGGGUUUUCGUAGUUUGUGUUUUGGUUUCUCUCUGUUUAGAACUUCUACAUUUGCAAAACAGUCAUGUAUAAAAAGAUUACACAUGAUGAAGUGUUUUUUCCAUACACAUUAAAAUCAUAUUAUAAGCUUUUAAUAUGGGUAAAAAUAAGAUUAAAGACAUAAUUACACUAAA